AUGGCGUUGUGUACUCCCUUUGUCGAGCGGAAAAGAGAUGCUAACGAUAUGGGCACAGAGAUGCUUGAGAGCAUGAUUAAGAACCCUCGGCCCACCCGUGCUGAGAUCAGCGACGUCGGUAACGCGGUGACUGAUGGUGCCGACUGCGUCAUGCUUAGCGGUGAGACUGCCAAGGGCGCCUAUCCCGAACUUGCUGUCCGGGAGAUGAGCGACGCGUGCCUGCGUGCCGAAGCGUCUAUUCCCUACAUCAGCUUGUACGAGGAGAUGUCCGUCUCCAUGGCGGCGGUGCGUGCCUCGCUCGAUCUCGGUGCUGGUGCGAUUGUCGUCCUUUCCACGUCUGGAAACUCGGCCCGCCUUCUUUCCAAGUACAGGCCCGUCUGCCCCAUUAUCAUGAUCACCCGCAACGCCCAUACCUCGCGAUGCGGUCACUUGAACCGUGGUGUAUAUCCCUUCUACUUCCCCGAGGAGAAGCCCGACUUCGACAAGGUCAACUGGCAGGAAGAUGUUGACCGCCGUAUUAAGUGGGGUGUCUCCCGGGCGAUCGAGCUCGACGUCCUCUCUCGAGGCGAGACUAUUGUCAUCAUGCAGGGCUGGCGCGGUGGAAUGGGUAACACCAACACCAUGCGUAUUGUGAAGGCUGAUCCCGAGCACCUCGGCAUCGGUGAGGUCCCUUAA